CUUGACGUCAAUGUCAAAAACACACGGGAAAAUAUAAAAAAGUGCAAUACUGCAGAGGUGCAAUUCAACGAAUCAUAAUAGUUAAAUGUAUUGUGUUUUUUAUCACAUAUUAUACUAACAAAUAAACAUAAAAUGGAGCUAAGCUCUCUAGAUUAUGUGGCUCAAGCCUGUAUGGAUUUAAAUGAGGCUAUGAGCACAGUUCAAAGUGAGGCUGAACGCGAUACUCUUAUAGUUAAUCAUAUCAAGAAAGUUUGGCCUACAGUGAUUCCGAUAGACGACUUCAAGAAGAAUUUAGAAUGGGUGAAUGUUUCUGAACCGAUAUCAUUGGCACAGCAUUGUGCUGAUAAGGUAGUGAUCUUAGACUUCUGGACAUAUUGCUGCAUCAACUGCUAUCAUGUGCUGCCAGACCUGGCUCAUAUUGAGAAACUGCAUAAAGUGGAAAAUGGACUAGUUGUGCUAGGUGUACACUGUGCUAAGUUCACAAAUGAGAAAGACUCAUCAAAAGUGUUGGCUGCAGUACAGAGGUACAACAUCCAUCACCCUGUGGUGAACGAUGCAGACAGUUACAUGUGGGAGACAAUGGGGAUCCGGUGCUGGCCCACAUUACUCAUUUUAGGUCCCGGAAACAAGCCAUUGUUUGUACUGACUGGCGAGGGUCAUAAAGACGAACUGGUGUGGUUCGUGGGCAAUACGCUGCGUCACUUCGGCACCCGCAUUGCGACGACACCGCUCCCUAUGUCGCUAUCUGGACAAGUGAAACGCAAGGAAGAGGAUAUGCUGUACUUUCCUAGUAAGCUGGCCCUCAACCCGUUCUACCGCGGUCGUACAGACGAGCCAUUCCUGGCGAUAUCGGACACCGGCCACCAUCGAGUGCUGCUCACGGAUUGUUCCGGGAUAGUGCUGCGGAUCAUCGGCGGCUGUGAACCAGGCUUUAAAGAUGGCAAACUUGUGGACGCGCAGUUCGACUCGCCUCAAGGUCUCUGCUGGUUGUCAAGCAACGUGCUGGCCGUGUGCGACACUAACAACCACAGCGUGCGCGCCAUACACCUGGACGAAGGGACUGUCGAAGUACUGGCGGGCACUGGACAACAAGGCGUCUAUGGUGAUCAAGGUACUAAAAGGUGUAAAAGAUAUUAUUACACACAACGGAAGUCAAUGAUGGCUUUGACUGGGGCCGUCUUUAAUCUCCAAUCUGUAACUGCUGAGUCCUCUCUCCAAGAGUUCCUCUCUACCGCUGAACUGGCACAGAGAGAGCCCACAUGGUCACCAGGUAUAACAGCUGAAGAAGAACAAAUUACUCGCGAACGUGAGUCCUUCUUAGACUGGCGUCGCCAUCUCAACGAGUUGCAAGCCAAGCUCGGAGCGGCGGUCACACCAUAUGAAACGAAAACAUUGAACUGUGGAAGCAGCUGUGGAGGACACUUGAGAAGUCCGAUGGGUUCUGCUUCUGUUAGAUGCAAGGAAUCCAUUGUUGUUCAGCUAAACCAACAAAUGAGCGUAAAAAUAUCAGAAGCCAGUGAAGGUUCUGCCACCAAAGAGGAAAUAGAUUCGGAAACCGAUUCGGCAAUCUCCGACCACGAUCCGGAAUCCGAAGAUGACGUCAUAGACCCGAACGACCUAAAUUGUACAGAAAAAGAUAUAGAAAUGUUCAAACAGCAAUUAGGAGAUUUGGACAAAGCUGUGUGCAACACUGCAAACAAAAUUGACAAGAUUCAAGAAGUACUGGAAAGGGUUGUCGAAAAUUUAAGACUGGGUAAACCUGUUGAAGAUUACCCUCCAUCAGAAAUUCAGGAAGAAGUCAAAGAAGAGCAAGUACAGAAUUCACAUGAGAUAUUUGACAGGGAGAAACUUCUAGAAGUGUUGAAGAGGCAGAAUGUUGAGGAGAAAAAGAAUCCCCCACGAUUGAGCGUUGGUAUGAUUGGUUACCCCAAUGUCGGGAAGUCUAGUACUGUCAAUGUUUUGAUGCAGACUAAGAAAGUAAGUGUGAGCUCAAUGCCCGGUCACACACGACACAUUCAGUCACUGAUCUUAGAUGAUGACAUCGAGCUGCUCGACUGCCCUGGUCUGGUAUUGCCAGCUUACGCCGUCGCCCCGGACUUGCUCUUGACGGCUGUGUUGCCAAUUGAUCAGAUGCGUGCCCACGACGCGGCCAUGGCUCGCCUGUGCCAGUUGGUCCCCAAACACACGUUCGUCGAGAAGUACGGGCUGCUGCUUCCUGAUGACGGGUCCAAAGAGCCUGAUUACAAGCAGAUACUUACUGCUCAUGCUUACAACAGAGGCUUCAUGACGGCAGCGGGGCAGCCGGACCAGUCCCGCUCAGCCCGGAUCAUGCUGAAGGAGGCCGCCAGCGGCCGUCUGCGCUGGGCGCAGCUCCCGCCGCACUGCGCGCCGCAACCGGUGGACGACAUGCUGCGGGACAGGAGGAACGAGAAGAGGAAGCCCACGCCCAUGGAAGCCAGGAUGGUUGAGGGAUGGAAAAACAAAUCAUCGGAAAUCGACAAGGCGUUCUUCGCGAUGCAGAAGAGUGGGGCACACGUUAAAGGCAAACCUAUAACCGGUAUCGUGGGAGUGCAGUCUGCUGAGCAACAGCUCAGUAAGCCCUGGAAACAAGAAAAGAAACACGCGAAUAAGAAUAAGAGAGAAAAGCUAAGGCGAAAGUAUUCGCAUUUGGACGAACAUUGAUGUUAGAAAGGGACGAAUGUUUGUGGUACUUGUGUGUAUGAAAAGGAUGGAUGAAGUUUUAUACGAAUGUUACGGACGAAGUUAGUACGAAUUAGGUGCAAUAUCAACAAAAAUCAAACCUAGUUUUUUCGUUAUAUGUACACUUACCACCUAAGUCUAUUAGCUUUUUCCGUAAUAUUCUGAUACUUUUAUAAUUACUAUUGUUGCAAUUCAGGUUCCAAAAUAAACAAUAAAUGCAUUUAAUGUAC